UAAAACGAAAGUUCCCGGACAUUACGGUUGAUGGGAAUUAGUGCCUCAACAAUACAAGGAUCAGAUCCUUGCCAUAAUUCAGUACUAUUAUCAAAUAGCGGGCCGCGAGGAUUUCUUAAAGUGUUUAAAUGGUAUCGAUCGAGAGAUGAAAGACCGAUACCGCAAUAGGAAAACACUAAGACACAAACACUUUGAGAAAUACUACAAUGGACCGGAGGAUUGGGAUAAGGUUCUAAACAACCCAACCAAUGAUGUUAACAAGGAGGAGUGGAAGCAGAUUUGUCAGUUAUUUACAAGUCCACAAUUUAUUGCGCGCUCCAUAAAGAGUAAGGAAAAUCGGAAGAAACAAAAGUAUUCUACAACACAGGGUACAAAAUCGCUGGCAGCCGUCCGUUUUGAAAAAACGAACCCGGACCUCAUUGAGUCAUGGAAGGAUUAUCAUUGGAAGAAAUCAAAAAAUGAUUUCGUGAACGAUGAUGCUCGCCAAGAUUAUGAAAAACUGAAGGCUGAUUUUGAGUUACGAACUCAGCAAACAUCCACUGAUGCUUCUAAUAAUGAUAGUCCGUCAUCAGUUGAUCAGGAGGAGGUGCUACAAAAAGUAUUAGGCCAAAGGCGUGGACAUGAGCGAGGAGUGGGCCGCAAAUUGAAGGGGUCGGGGUCGAGGUCAUCAUCUACCCAACACUCUCACUUCAGCGAGUCUCAAGUUCCUCCUCAUCAUUCAAGAGAAUAUAUAGAAAAUCUGGAGAAUAAUUUACAGAAAUUGACUGAUCAAGUUAAUUUCUUAACUCAAUAUUUUGUACCUUCAUUUCGUCCACCAAACGUUCAGAUGCCGCAUGUGCCUGAUAGUGACAAUACUUCUAGGGCUUCAUCUUCUCAACCUCCAGCUCCAACUCAUCCUUCUAUGUACAGGGCAGCGCCGUCUUAUCAUAUGGUACCUCCAUAUAUGUACGGAGCAACACCUUAUCCGUGUCCGAUUCCACUGUCCUCCCAGCCAUCGUAUCCCUACAUGUAUGGAGCUGGAUCGUCCACAUUACCUCCCCAAUAUCCUUGGCCGAUGCCGCCACCGCAGCAAUCACAACCACAGCCACCGCAACAACCACAACAAGAAGACAAUAGGGAGGAGGACGAGGCAAUUGACUUAGGAGACUAAGUUUAUAUUUUUAUUAAUUAUUGUUAAAUUUUAUGAAUAAUAUGAAUAUUUGUUAUGUUAAUGUAUUAUGAAUAUUUACAAUUGUUAUUUUAAUAUACUAAUUUGAAUAUUUAAUAUAAUAUUUUUAUUUUUAAUA